GGCGUCUUUGGAGCUCCGGAGCAUGGACGAAAUGAGAGAUGAGGGGAGGCAGCGGCUCAACACCCAGGAGGUGACCCGACUGCAGGAGGAGCAGAGCAAGGUGGUCAGCGGCUGCGAGGAGAAGGUCCAGCACUGGAAGAAGGUAGAACAAGACUACGAUGCCCUUCAAGAGCGGCUGGGAACCCUGCCCGAUAAGCUCUCCUAUGAUAUUAUGGUACCUUUUGGUCCUCUGGCUUUCAUGCCCGGGCGCCUGGUCCAAACCAAUGAAAUUACCGUAUUACUCGGGGACAACUGGUUCGCCAAAUGUUCAGCAAAACAGGCGAUGAGCUUAGUGGAUCACAGAAAAAAACAUGUCAGGGAAGCCUUGGAUGGAUAUCAGCAAGCCAGGAAGAACUUUGAGUCCAGGGUGGAGUUCACAAAGGACCUGCAGAGGAUGAACAAUGAAUCCGGCGAGUUCUUUGAUAUCAAGGAAGAAGUGAACACGGACACAGUGUGCACCAAAGGCAAACACCGUACAGCUCACAAACCUCACUCUAAACCAAAGGCCGCAGACAGCUCCAAGGUGGAUUUCCGGGAAGGAGAAAGUAAAGAUGGCUUCAUAGACAACGCAGAGCUAUGGGCGAGGCUGGAGGAGCUGGAGAAGCAGGAGGAGAUGCGGGGAGAGCUGGAGCAAAAUAAAACUAAUGAAGAAGACAAAGAGAAUCUGAAGACCGAUCUGAAUGUGGAUGGUGACUACCGAGCUCAGGGCAGUCGUGCCAAGUCCGAGUCGACGCAGAACAGGCCUUACGUCAACAGCUCCAUAUUAUCACACCACAGCGACGAGGAGGAGGAUUUGGGAAGCGGAAAGAAUCCAGUGGCGACAAUACGAUUUUCUCAUAUGGUAGAACCAAAAAGGGUGAGAAUAAACACAGGAAAAAAUACAACUUUAAAAUACAGUGAAAAGAAAGAAGAGGCAAAAAGGAAAAGGAAAAACAGUAAUGGAAAUGGUCACUCUGCCCCGGAGCUGCCAGUGAUCAAGACCCCGGCCGACAUUUACAGAGUGUUUGUGGACGUGGUCAACGGAGAAUACGUCCCCCGGAAAUCAAUCAUGAAGUCGCGAAGCCGUGAGAACAGCGUGUGCAGCGAUAACAGCGAUCACAGCUCCCACGAAUUUGAGGAGAGGAGAAGCUUUAUAAGAAACGUCAGCCUGGAGGACAACACCUUUAGCGACCACAGCGAAGAGGACGACCGGGGGCAUAAAAAGGCUUCCCCGUUGUCUGGACCAUUAGAGCCAUUUUCAGGAAUGGUAAUAGAAAAGAGCCUUUCUUGUAUAUCCGUGCCAGUGACUGGCAUCGCCCACCCCAGCCUGCCCACCAUCCAGGAAAGAAAAUCUGAAGAAGUCACAUCAGAGGUCGUCGAGGAGGCACCAAAAAGAGUCUCGAAAUUCAAAGCCGCCAGAAUACAGCAGAACAAAUAACUCCCGAUCCCACGUCCCGCAGCGGUCAGGUCUGGAUCCUGUUUACUUGUUCGCUCUGUGCCAGAUGAUGGGCGGUGUUGUCCUCGCCGUUACCUGUAAUCAUGACAAUAAUUCACAAUCACUUUGAUAAUGUCUUUUUUUAAAUAAAUAUGCAAUUUUCACCAUUUACUUUGAGUGGUGCAGUCUGCAGAGUUUACUUG